AUGGUGGGUUUCACCUUAAGCCUUUCACUUGUUCCUUCCCAACUUGCGCUCUUCCUCAUCCUCUCCGUCCACCGUUCCUUUGACUCUGCUUCCCGCCCUUCUGUCCGGUUUCCACUUCCCUUCAAGCCGCUUCUCUCAAUAACCACAUCUACCAUGGACGCUGGAUUCAAGAUCGGCAUUGAACUGGAACUUUUACUCGACCCAAAACGAAGAAACAACAAGGACUUCGCAGACCUGGACGAUUUCGCUCAAUUUAUUACGCGACCCAUUGCAAUGCUGCGCGCUGUCCCGCACCUCGAAUGA